GUCACGGCCGACGAAAGCACCACUCCAUGUUCCACCGAGGAUGCUGCUUCCACGCAUGAGGCCUCGCCCUCCACCACUUCACCCAGUCCAGCUGAACAGGAAACCCAAAUGGCCCAUAAAGCAGACCUCGACGAGGUGGCGAAGCCAGCGGUGCAGGAGCAGCCUCAUGUCCAGCCAGAAACUCUGCUUGACAUUCAGCCAACACACCAACCCACCGAGAUCGUCACUGAAUCUAGUCACCACGACGUGUCACCUGACCUAGCCACUGAGGUGCCUCGAAUCAGUGACCAAACGGAGAUCUAUACACACGUGAUAUCUUCGUCUUCAGUGCAACCUGACACCUCUUCUUUUAAAUCGGCGGUUACUGAUAGCCGUGUUGCUGUUGUUCACGGUGCGAUGGUUAAUUUGUCUUCAUCUGAUCCAUCUAAGUUAUCCAGUAAUCAUUCUGCGACUGAUGCUGUCGCUCAUGUCGGCAAUGGACUUGAUUAUAGUCGUGUCGCUACUGUGAAGUAUUUUGUUAAUGCAAGUGCUAAGUCUAAUCAAUCCAGUGAUUCAGAAUUUUAUGGUAUAUCGCCCUCUGUUUUGGAAAUCGUGCGGGGAAUACAAAAACGCAUUGUGCGCGUCAGAGAAAUCCUGAAGAUUGCUGAAGACAACAUCAAAUCGGCUUUGGCCACGCUUGGCGACAAUCUUCUAUCUUUUCUACCAUCAAGCACCCUAAAUGGCAGUUCAGGAAACUCCAAGCCCAAAAUGAAAUUUGUGAACGAACCGGAGACAAAGCACCUCAACGAACCACCCAACUCUCUCCAAGGAACUAAAUGA